AUGUCCGGCGUAGAAGUGCUUGCAGUGCUCGGUGCUACUUCUUCUGUGAUAACAAUCUGCGAAACCUGUGCGGCAAGUGUCAGGUUUAUUCAGGAAUGCCAACCAACAGAAGCCACUGCCAUGCUCAAACCCCAGGUCGAUCUUCUAGCGAAUGUUAUCACACAGUUGAAGUCUUUGCACCUCGAUUCACCUGCUCAUGGCCUGGAUGCGGUGCUCGCUGGGUUUGAGAAAGAGCUCCAAAAUCUCCAAAAUCUCAUCGAAGAUUACCUGAAAGCAUCAUCUACUCCACUGCUCAAACGAGCCCGGAAAUAUUUCAAAAUUCCGAUUUGGGAGAGAAAAAUUCAAAAGAACUGGACCCGCAUCCAACAAUACCAGCAGAAUAUCAGUUUUUUCUUGGAUUUUUAUAAUACGAAGCGACUGCUCAAUGCCUCACGUACAGAAGCUUCUUUAUUUCUCGUGCCAUUCCAACGGCCGAUCCACUUCGUGGGCCGUCAAGAUAUUUUCAGCCAAAUCUCGCAUUAUAUAAACCACUCCACUCAACACCCAUGCAUGCUUUCCCUUACUGGCAUGGGGGGCAUAGGAAAGACAGAGAUCGCACGAGAACUGUGUCAUCGGGAACGGCCAACGUAUCCAGUGAUUAUCUGGUUCGUUGCCGUGAAUGAAACAAGCUUCAAACAGAGCGUCCUCAACUUUGCGAAUAAACUUUCAACAGGGCAAUGGACAUUCAACAACUAUCAAGACAGCUUGGCAUACAUCCAAGAUGUUGCCAAAAACAGAAUCCAGCCAUGGCUUUUUGUUUUUGACGACUGGGAGGUUUCAAAUCAGAACUUUGAUCCAUUCAAUAUCCUCGUGGAUGGUGGCCAACGCGAUGUAAUUGUCACAACCACAAGGCAUCCAGGGUCUUCCCGAGGAAUUCAAAUACAAGUACCGCCUUUUUCAGAGAAGAAUGCGGUGCAAUUCCUUCUUGGGUCUUCUCUUUCGUCGAGUCUAGAUGAAGUGGAAGCUGCGAGGAUCCUUGCUAGGGAAUCAGGUUACCUACCUCUCGCCUUAUCUCAAAUGCGUGGUUAUAUGGAAUCGAGCGGAAUCACCAUCAGGGAACUUCUUGAAUUGUGGGGAAAGAAGAAGAAAGAUCUUGAGAGCAUAGAGCAAAUGAAUAACGGCAUAGCAAUCGACACAGUAUUUGACCUGGCCAUCCAAGGUGUUAAAAGAGAAGACUCUCGUCUGCUUGAUUUUCUACUGCAACUGUCAUUUAUUGCCGCUCCUGUGGAGUUCAUGUUCCGAGACCAUUUUCUGGUAGCUCAGUCCCGUGCCGAAUCCCUUCCCUCGUUUUAUCAAUUGUUUGUCCACAACAAACAGUGGAGCUCCGAGCUUUUCCUCCACGCCGUGAUGCAACUUAGCAUGUCUGCCCUGGUCAGGGAAGAACUAGUUGGUGACAGCGGAGUUAUGGUUCUAUCAUCGCAUAGACUGGUGAAACGCGUUCUGCAAAACGAAGCAUCUAGGAUCAACCUUGAUCUUCAAUUGAUGCUCCAGGCUACAGCGAUCAUAGCUGCUCCCCUAACAGCUCAUGACUGGGAGGAACUUUCUUUUUACCCUGGAUCGAUAUUUCGCGAGAGAAUUUUGCAGUCUGUUGAACACCGGAGAUCCGUUAUCAACAGUCCGGAACUCAUAAAGAGGUACAGCGGUAUCUCAGAGGGUUACCAAACAUCUCUUGCUGCGUUCCUUGCCAUGUACAGCAACGAGGAGAAACAGGCUAGGAAUCUGCUUCUGCAAUCCCUCAGCCUGCAGUCUACCUGGCUUGGGGAGUCAGCAUCCUUAACAUGUACAACCAUGACAUGGCUGACACUACUCUAUCUGGAAAGCAUGUCGCUCGAUGAGGCAGAAGUCAUGAUCGAUAGGCUAAAUUCGGCCGAGUCCCAAGUGUCUAAACCCCAGAAGACUCCCUUGGUGGAUAUGCAAUUCUUAAAGGGCCACUUGCAGAUGCGAAAGCAGAACAUUGAUCAUGCUGUAUCUAUCUUCGAGCAUUGUACCGACCUUUAUGCCAAAAUAUCCGGCAUUUCAUCAGUUAGCACUGCAUCCGCACUUGUAAGUGGUGUCGAAGCUAUGUUGAUGCAGGGAAACGUCGAAGAUGCUACCCAGAAUCUUUACGACGCAGAACGUAUCCAGAAAGAGAUAGGCAGCCCGCGUGCCCUUGCAAUCCGCGUAAAGUGGAAUCUGGCACGUCAUAGCUUGCGCAUGGGAGAUCACAUUCGCGCUAGCAGCCGCUACAAGGACCUGUGCGAGGAACAUGAAACCAACCAAAAUCCAAUUGGGUCCCUUUCUCGCCGAUGGGAGUCUCUUCGCUGCGAGCUGGGCGAUGUAUAUCUAGACUUGGGCGAUAUACAAAAGGCUAACACGGAAUAUGAUACCGGACGGGCCAGUGCAAGCCGGAGAUCUAGGAAAUUGAAGAUCGAUUCGGGAGGUAUUUCGCAAUGGCUUAUAUACGGAUCGUUGGAGAGAACGAAGUUCGUUCCCUUGUUGGGUUUUUGA